AUGGUUUUGGAGGGUAGCUCGGAGGCCCUGUGUCCCCCGCCCUCACUGGAGCUGCGCCCGUCCUGCAACAAGAGCCAGCCCUCGCCUCCCCUGGGCUCAUGCUCCACGCCCCACGACGGACUCUUCCCCGGGGACAAGGAGCCCGUCAAAUACGGGGAGCUCAUCGUCUUAGGGCACAAUGGUUCCUUGGCCAAUGGGGAUAAGGGGCGAAGGAGAAGUCGUCUGGCCCUCUACAAGAGACCCAAAGCCAACGGGGUCAAACCUGAUGUCAUCCACAAUGUCUCGACCCCUCUGGUGUCAAAGGCCCUCAGCAACAAAAGCCAGCACAGCAUCUCUUACACCCUGUCCAGGAGUCACUCGGUCAUUGUAGAGUACACUCAUGACACCAACACAGACAUGUUUCAGAUCGGGCGUUCUACAGAGAGCAUGAUUGACUUUGUGGUGACGGACACAGCGGGCAGCAGCACCAGUGGUGGUGGCGGUGGGUGGCAGGUCCAGGGGGCGGCAGGCGAGGGGGUCGGAGGAGGGGGGCAGUCGGCCCAGAGCACAAUCUCCCGCUACGCGUGCCGCAUAAUGUGCGAGCGCAACGCCCCUUACACGGCCCGCAUCUACGCCGCCGGCUUCGACUCCUCCAAAAACAUCUUCCUGGGGGAGCGGGCUGCCAAAUGGCGAACGUCAGACGGCUUGAUGGACGGCCUGACCACCAAUGGCGUGUUGGUGAUGCACCCGGCGGGAGAUUUUGUGUCGGAGCCGGCGCCAGGCGUGUGGCGGGAGAUCUCGGUGUGCGGGAACGUCUUCGCCCUGCGGGAGACGCGCUCGGCCCAACAGAGGGGAAAAUUGGUGGAGAACGAGUCCAACACCCUGCAGGACGGCUCUCUGAUUGACCUGUGCGGCGCCACCCUCCUGUGGCGUACCCCGACGGGCCUGCGCCGCACCCCCACCCUCAAGCAGCUGGAGUCCCUCCGCCAGGAGCUGAAUGCCGCCCGGCCCCAGUGCCCCGUGGGUUUCAACACCCUGGCCUUCCCCAGCCUGGCCCGGCGAGAGAUUGUUGACAAGAAGCAGCCCUGGGUCUAUGUCAACUGUGGUCACGUGCACGGCUACCACAACUGGGGCUACCGGAAAGACAAGGGCCACAACGUGGGCCCCGGGGGGAUGGCUCCGGCGAGUACCGGGGAGAGGGAGUGCCCCAUGUGCCGGCGCGUGGGCCCCUACGUGCCCCUGUGGCUUGGCUGCGAGGGCGGGCUGUACCUGGACGCUGGGCCACCGACGCACGCCUUCUGCCCCUGCGGCCACGUGUGCUCUGAAAAAACUGUGGCGGGCUGGAGCCAAAUCCCGCUGCCGCACGGAACGCACGCCUUCCACGCCGCAUGCCCCUUCUGCGGCACCUGGCUGACUGGCGAGCAGGGGCACAUCAAACUCAUCUUUCAGGGGCCCGUCGACUGA